CAAAAAUUAAUUGUAAAAUAGUAUCGUGUGACUCCACUCGACUGACGAGCAAGUCGAUUUAUUAACGGAUUAAAUAUUGCAUCGUUUGACAGCACCUUUCCGCAAAUAUUCGAAUAGCGUAAAACUCGGUGCGACGUUUCCCGGCAUUUGACGUCAUAUAUGUAACGUCACAAGCACAUCCGUAUUUUGUUUGAACGUAAACAAUGGAGGAACACACAAGCAACGAUAAUAAUGAUUCAGCUUAUCAAGAAAAAAUUAAUAGCGGUGAUGUAUCGACCAAUACUUCGUUCUCCAACUAUGGGAAAGAUUACUUGGUGAUAGACCAUGGAGAGCAGCUGCAGAGACAUUAUGAAAUCAGUCACAGAGACUUGCAGAAUCAGGUACAAAUAAUGCGAUCAGAGUUAACAACUCUCCGAGAAGUGACCAUAGGUUUGGUCUUUAUCUUGGCUCCGCUUCUGGCCGGCUGGGCCGCUCUCUUGGUGACCCGGCUGUUUGGAUACAGGUCUUAUGAGUUAUACGCAAUUUCGGUGAACAUCGGCAUGUUAGCAGCUGUGUUGCUCUGUGACGGACCACAGUUCUUAGACGCGUUCCAGCGACUGUUCUACCAUCAGGAGGCUCCAGUUGUCAAUCAACUGACCCACGAGUCUGUAGAGAGUACAAGCCCCGCCUCCUCUACCGAAAGUGUACAUUUUCAGGGAUCUACGGAACAACAUCACUUGGAUGAAGACUUAGCCAGCGAAAAUAUGACGGCAGAUUCAGUUGAAAAUCUUAGAGCAGCUGUCGAAGAGGAAGAUGAAGAAGAAGAUAAAGAAACAGAAAUUGAUUAAAUCAGAUGUCCAUCAUACCAUAUUUUUUAAGGUUUAUUGAAUAAAUAAUCCGUAAAAUAGUUGUACUAUCAAUUAAGCGGUAUUUUUUCACAUAGUAAUAUCGCUUUGAAGGGCUAUAGUACAUGUACAUCAUUGGCAAUUUUGAAUAAGAAAUAAAAGGCAACGAUAACAGUUUAUCAUAGAUAUAUAGUCAUUUGCGAUAAAUAUAGUGAAGGACAUUGUGCUUUUAAAAUAUCGACAGCGUUGAAAAGCUCACUGCUGGUGCGUAUCAUUAUAAAAGAAAUACUCUGAAACAGACUUUAAACAACAAAUCCACUUGUCUUCCCUUUAAAACAACAAGAUAAGAUUUAUAUCUUUUUUUAUCGUCGUUUAUUGAAUAAACACUGUUGGUUGUAUUACAAAGGAUAACAGGAUCACUGAGCAAAAGAAAAUAAUUGUAUGCUAAGAUGCAUAUAUUACUAAGCUGCACAUUAUCUCAUACGUGUACCUUGUGUUGGGAACUGCAAAAAAAUCUAUAAUCAUAAAAAUACUACUAGUAAUUUAAAAACAAAAGUCAAACAAAUUAUUUAAUAGCUUAUCCCUUACAAUGAAAUCAAAUUUGCAAAGCACAAAACCUUUAAUCUAAACAAGACUACUAUAAAUAUAAUCGUUUUGAGGGUAGGAAGGGGUGUGACACAAUUUACUUAUCUAAAGAAGUUGAUCCCCGCCUUUGAUGGAUACGUACUUAUAAUGGACAAUAUCUACCAUUGUAAGUGAAAGGUUCCAAGAUGGACAACCUUGACCUCAUGAUAUGACCUUCUUGAUGUGAUUCCACUUUACUAGCCUCUCGUUUAUUUUUAUAAUUAUUUUUUUUUCAAAAGGCUUUGACAUUAAACCUUGUUGUACUCAGAAAAGGAAGGGACAGGUAUCAAACAGAACUCGUGAAUAAGCGUCACUUUUAAAAAUGUUUCUAUUACAAGCAUAUGGAAGCUAAGACUAAAAUGACAAUCAAAGACCUUUACAUAAGGCCAAAGACUCAGUAAGCUGAGUAAAUAGUGGUUUGUCUUGACGUAAUUAAGUCAGGUUUUCAUUUUUCAUCUAUAUUGACCGUGACCUUAAAAAACUAAGUCAUGUUUGAAAUCAAUGAAGGAAAAACAUACAUACACUUCAAACAGCUACUUUUAUAUGGAGCAUGACAAUUUUAAAAAAAAUCAUAAUUAUAUUCAUAUACAUGUACAUGCAAAAUCCUUUACAUUGAAUGAAUGAUUUAGACAAGGUCAUUAUUUAAGAGGGCUGAACUACUGGCAAAUUAUGACUAGAGUUAACAAUAAUGCAUUGAAAUGAACACUUCUGUCAAUCAAACAUAAGAUUAAUUUCAAAUGUAAUACAUUGUAUAUAUCUAAUGCUAUUCAAUUUCAUGAGAACUCACUUAUACAGAAAGAGAAAAUUCACACCAAAUGGUGUAAGUGUAAUACAUGUAAUUAAAUACUGAAUGGUUGAAUACAAUUCGUUAUAAUUGAAGCAGCAGCUUAUUUUGUAGGGAAAAUUCCUUUGGUUACAUUUAGGAAAAAAAUAAUUUCUGAACAAAUGAUCAUGGAAUAUGGAUUGCAAUGAGAUUAAAUAUUUCUGGGAAUGAUUGAAUUUAGAAAUAAAAAAACUCACAAUGCUAAACUAAAGAAAGUUCAUACCAACAAUAACAGCAAACAUAUUUUCUGCUUCUACACAUGUCAAAUCACAUUUAUCAAUAUAAAUACAAGUUCAUCAAAUCAAAAUCAUAGGUUUGAGGUACAUGAACAAAUAAAUAGUUUAAAUCAAAUAUCACAUUGGCACACAAAUUAUCAUAUUUUCUGAUAAUUUUUAAACUCUAUACACCUUAUUUACAUGUACAUAUAUCUUUGAAGGUACUUGUAUAAAAUAAACUUUCAUCGGAAAUUCUUUAUAUUCUAUAAAUAAAAAAUUUUGCUACUACCUUUUCUUUUUUUUUCUCAAACUUACAGCGAUACAAAUUUCUUUAAAACAACUUCAGUGAAUAAAUUUUACGAAAAAAAUGAACAACAUAAAUAUUUUUUUCUCUCUCUCUCUCAAUAACAUGAACAGGUAACAAAAAUACAUGUUCAACAUAACUACUCAUGUAAUAACACUGGAAGAAAAUGUGUGUAAUAUCACAUGAACAACCAAAAAAUGCACAGACCUGCACCUUCAUCUUUUAAUCACUCACUAAAUAUUUGUAAAUUGUAAAUGACAUAAACAAUAUCAAACUUUAAUCUGCAGAUAAGAUAUUAAUCUAAACUGAGAAACCAUAUUAAAUGUCAAAUUUGUUAAAAUCCAACAGGUGGGACUAAUGUUGAAUAAAACAAAGUAUAAAUGGAUUAAUGAAAUUAGCUGCAAUGGCAUGUUCAAUUCACAGGAAAAAAAUACUUCAGGUAGAAAAGUUGAAAUGCCCAUGUUCAAUUUUUACCCAUAAAAGUAUUUUCUGCUUAUAAUAAAUAAUACAUGUAGUUGGAUUUGGAAAAUAAAUUUAUCAAAAGUGAUUGCUAUAAGCUAAUCAUAAAACUACCGUACAAAGACAUUUUAUCAUUAAUUUUGCAACUUUUACCCCACUUCAUCAAUCGAUAUAAAGUAACAUUAUUUGUUCAUGAAAUGUAAGGUUAUGUAAUAAAUCUUGCCCUAUGGACGUCGGCUU